UACAGUCUCUUCAGGGUCCAACUCAGAAAGUGUUGACAGCUUUCACACCGCUGUCUGUUCUGUGUCGGACCUGCUGCAGAAUAAUGAGGACGGGAAUGUGAUUUAUGAAAUCAACUCCUGUCAGUAUAAGAUGGGUAAAAAGCUGGGUGAAGGAGGAUUUGGAUCCGUGUAUGAAGCGACCCGUGUGAGCGACGGCCUUAAGGUGGCAGUGAAAAUUGUCAGGCCCGGCGGGUAUUCUGAUCGUAUUUGCAUACCCGGUCAUCCUAACCCCCUUCCACGAGAGAUCGCUCUUCAUGUCCUCGCCAAUGAAGGAGCUAAAUUGUCUGAGAUCAUCCGGCUUUUGGACUGGGAGGAGCGUGAUGACAAAUACAUCAUGGUCCUCGAGCAUCCUUCUCCCUGCAUGGACUUAAGUGAAUUUAUUGAAUGCCAUGGAGGAGCCAUCACAGAGGACUUAGCCAAGAGCAUCAUGCGGCAGGCGAUCCAGGCUGCUAUUGAAUGUUUCAAACGGGGAGUUUUCCACAGGGACAUCAAACUGGAAAACUUCCUGAUUAACACCGAAACAUUUGAGGUCAAACUCAUCGACUUUGGCUGUGGCGAUCUCUUAAACAAAACAAGUUACACAACAUUGACGGGCACAUGGGCAUACUGCUGCCCUGAGAUGCUCAAAACAGACAGGUAUCACGCAUUGCCGGCGAUGGUGUGGUCACUCGGCUUGAUGUUGUACAGAUUGGUGUGCGGGAAACUUCCAGAAAAAUACAUCUUGUACUGGAUCAACGACAAAAAUUGGUACAGAGAUGACUUGAGCAAAGAAUGCUGCAGGUUUAUUAACGCUUGCCUGCAGCAAGAUCCAGGUCAACGGAUUCAGAUAAAAGACAUCCUUUUUCAUGAGUGGUUUCAGGUCAAAGGUAUGUGAUGUGGAGACACAGGUAAGGUGAAUGACAGCCGUUUGGAGGUUCAGUAAGUAUAAACAGUGUUGCGUCAUGUCUCUAGAAAGUGUACACACACCGGCGGCACAACUGUGCCCUUACCACAAUUAGGGGUGUCACAAUAAUCCUCUCAUCGCCAUGGUUUCACAGUUAAUCGACAUAAUCGCAAUGAUUUAUUGGACAACUAAUCGUCAGCCAAAUGUCAUAAUCGUGACAGCCCUAAUGACAAUGUUUUAUUUUCUGGUAAAAGUGUA